GCAGGCGGCCUUUCUUUCUUUUUGACCACGUUCCUCGAGAGGCGUAUAAAGUGAACAUGAACCUCACAAUUUCAAAGAAACGUAAGUUCGUCUCCGAUGGCAUCUUCAAGGCCGAAUUGAACGAGUUCCUGACUCGUGAGCUCGCCGAAGAUGGUUACUCCGGUGUCGAGGUGCGUGUGACACCCUCCCGCACUGAGAUCAUCAUCAUGGCCACCAAGACCCAACAGGUGUUGGGCGAGAAGGGUCGUCGCAUUCGCGAAUUGACCGCCAUGGUCCAGAAGCGUUUCAACUUCGAAACUGGCCGCAUUGAGCUGUACGCCGAGAAGGUCGCCACCCGUGGCCUAUGCGCCAUUGCCCAGGCUGAGUCGCUGCGCUACAAGCUGACCGGAGGUCUGGCCGUGCGUCGUGCCUGCUAUGGUGUGCUCCGUUUCAUCAUGGAGUCUGGUGCCAAGGGCUGUGAGGUCGUUGUCUCUGGCAAGCUGCGUGGUCAGCGUGCCAAGUCCAUGAAGUUCGUCGAUGGCUUGAUGAUCCACUCUGGUGAUCCAUGCAACGACUACGUUGAGACUGCCACUCGUCACGUGCUGCUGCGUCAAGGUGUGUUGGGUAUCAAGGUCAAGAUUAUGUUGCCCUACGACCCCAAGAACAAGAUUGGUCCCAAGAAGCCAUUGCCCGACAAUGUGUCGGUUGUGGAGCCCAAGGAGGAGAAGAUCUAUGAGACCCCAGAGACGGAGUACAAGAUUCCGCCACCCAGCAAGCCCCUGGAUGAUCUGUCCGAGAGCAAAGUUCUGUAAACUUAGUUUUACCGUGUAAACAAAUUAAAAACAACAAAAAAACAAAGUGAAGAGUAACAACAGCAUGUUGUUUAUUAAAUACAUCCACAAACAAAAACCAUAA